UUCUGACAUUUUUCUGUUCACUUCACAUGAAAUCCAGUAAAUCAAGCAUUUUCUCCUCCUGAUGACUGGGCAGCAAAAUUUGCUUGUUUAAAAUAACUCUGUCAAGUUGUCAUAAUAUAAUACUUACUAGAUGUACAACGCUAAUCGUCAGGAAGAUGAAUUGUGAAACAUUAAGUAAAUGUUAGAAAAGACAAGUGUUGUAGAGAGUUAUUCAAAAAUAGAGAAAUAGCACAAACAUGUGACACGUUUCCAAGUGUUGUAGGUAAUCAAAUAUAACCACAUCAAAUAAUCAUAAUUCUGCUGUAAAAUUGUUAUGGCGAGCGUAUUUUUUAUUGAUAAAACACGUGUUUUUGCACCGAAUGAGUCGUAAUUUUUAUGUUGCCUGAAGAUGGGUUGGGGACCUUGAACAUUUUUAAUGGACCUUCAUACCUAUCCCAAAACCUACAUAUGUAUGACAUACAUUGUAUGUAGGUUAUGGAGUGUGGAAUUAAAGGGAGUGAAAUCUCUUAUGGUAGAACUGUUGCAAAAGUGUCCAGCUGUCAGCUAUAAAUAAUAGUUCCAAAUGUCUCCAGAGUAGCGCUAGAGUAGCUAAGAAGUUCAGAACCCAGAAAGAAGGCGUUAUUGUCGCAGUGAAGUGCGCUGUCUAUGAUUUGAAUUUUCUUUCAAGUAUUCUAGAUCCACAAAACAGGCCCUUAAACUAUCAUGUUAUUAAAUAACAUAUAUUUUAUGUACAUAAUAGGUAUUCCUUCAAUACUUGCUUUAUCUUUUGUUUUAUAUCUUUUACGACAAAACAGAAUUCCUAAUUAUUGUUUGUUAUGAGAUAGGUGUCUCAACUAUACGAGUAUAACAAUUAGAUAUUGAAUAGGAUGCAUGUUCCGAUUUCUGACGUGUUUUGGUUAACAUAAGGAAUUACCGCUCACAUAUUUUUUGUAUACCUAGUAUGAUUUCUGACUUAGCUGGUAAGAGACCAUCGUCAGUCGCUUGCCCUUAUCCCAUUCAUUUGGGGUCGGCGCAGCAUGUCUGAUUCACUCGCGUUCGUUUCAUAUCAUGUCUCACACAAUCCAUCACCUUUUGGUAACAGACCAUGUUUCGUUUAAAUAAAGAUUCCCUCAUUUUCCAAGCGCUACUUUUGCCUUACAACAUAUUACUUAUUGAAAUCUAGACAUUCAAUAAUUCCAUUAUAAUUCCGCAAGUAAUCAAACUGAAACCAACGCUAACAGUACCUCUGCCAAUUAUUCACACAAAACGCCUAAUCCGAAACGAACGUCCGUAAACUAACAAUUAAUCUCCAGCAUUGAAACCAAACAUCGAGCCAAAUAUCGCAGUGAAAUUAAUCAGAAAGGCCAAGUGUUUUUACGCAGACCUUCGUUAAUAAAUGCCUUUAAAAGCCAUUACUUAGAGAUAAUUUAUUGUCCCGAAUUUAAUGGGAAGUUACGGGAAUUGGAUCAGGAGCAGGAUUUGAGAGAGGACACAGAGUUGACCUUUAGCGGUUGAAUUCGAGUAAAUGUUAUUAAACUUAUUAAGUAGCUCAGUGUUUAUAAAUUUGCGGUUGCUUUUGUUUUUCUCGAUUUGUUUCAGGAAUGUGUAAAAUGGUCUUAUUAGUAGUUCUUACUCAUGCUGUGACAAUCAAAGCACAAGCGCAAGAAACGAACGUAACAAAAGAAGAAACAGAAAGUGCGAAAAAUAAUUCAGAAAAAACAUCUAAUCCGGCAAUGGAAAACACCACAGCGGCUGCAGAUAAUGCAGGGUCUUCAGAAAUAGCGGGUGAUGAAGAAAACUGCAUUGAGUGUGCGCCCUUCAUACCCGUGUAUCCAUUCUACACUUUUUAUAAUUAUUACACACUGUAUUACCCGUAUUUAUUCGGGUAAUACCAAGAUGACCUUCGAUAUUUAAACUGUAGCAUUUUUGUAUAAAUACAUUACAUUUUCUAGUAUUACUUAUUACCCCGUGCUACCCCCAUACAAUAUCCCAAUGCACGUUGUGCAGUGGUCCUCGCGUGAGUCGGGUUUUCAAUAUACCUACUUAAGGGUGCGGCCAGUGAUGCGGCAAAUCGCAGAGUACCGAGCCGCUAAUUUCAUAUCUACAUUAAAAAAAAACUUUUUUUUAAAUUCGAUAUAAGCGGCUUGGAACUCGGCCAGUCUAUGUCUGCACCAUAAUUGUAAAUAUGUCGAUAAAAAAUAUAUAUAGGUAAAACAGAUACUAAGUUUGUUUUUCUUGUAUGUCAGAGAAGUUAAGUAGAAAACUUGUAUUAGGCGGGAUUCUAAGUAGAUAUUAGUUAGUUUAGGCACGUUUAGGUUAUAUCGGUAGUAUAGGAAACUACCGCUGUCUGAUAAAUAACUCCAGGCGCUACUUUUUGAUAUUUUUAACAAAUUAAACUCAUAAAUCUGUGAAAGGAUAAGGAUCAAAGCCAAACGGCGUUCUAAUAGUUUUGAUCAUAUGACGAAAGAUGGCAGUAAAUUUAUUGUGGCUAAAAAGUUUUCUUUGACAAUCCACCUCUAUUCGCCUUAAACGUGUUUUUUUUAAGUUAUGUUUUGUGAUAUAAUGCUAGUUUUAAGGUUCACUAAUUGCCUGAAAAAAAGUGAUCUUUUCAUCUCAUUGUUCAAUUAACGUUUAAAUAGUAGUAGUAGUCAACUAGGAACCCUUAUAGUUUUACUAUGUCCGUCUGUCUGUCCGCUGUCUUGCUCCGUGAUUGUUAGUGCUAGUAAGAUGAAGUUUGACAUGGAUAUAUAAAUAACGCAUGACAACAGAACGGUAAAAUAAAAACAGCAAAAAUAUUUUUUUAAGGGUACUUCCCAUGCAAAAUAUUUUAUUUCAUUUUUUAAAAGCUUUAUGAAAUCUAUAGCGAACAUGAUCGGACCAGCGUUUUUGGGUUAUUGCAAAAUGUCUUCUCUUCUUAGUCAAAGAUUUGUCAAUAUUAAAUUUAACUCUGAUAUAAGCAGAGAGAGAGAGAGAGAGAGAGAGAGAGAGAGAGAGAGAGAGAGAGAGAGAGAGAGAGAGAGCUAUUAGAGCUGUGGAUGACCCCUCUGUUCAUAGUACUUAUAAUAAAAUUUUGUAUAGAUAAGGAGGAACCUAUUUAAAAAGCAUAAUUAUGAGCAGUUCAAUAUUAUUUUUUAUAUUUAUGAAUAAACAGAAAUCAAAACAAGCUGAAACCAUGAUAAUAGUCUAUAAAAUAAUAUCGUACCUAUAGUUUUAAAUUACAUUUAUAAUUACUUGAAUAUUGGAUACUUAAAUAAAGCGUCAUGGAGAAUAGGAUUGCAAUUUAUACAAAUACGAUGAUAAGAAAUUAUGGAGGAAAAAGGUUCGGGGAAACAAAUUGUAUCUAAGAGACUUAAUUUUGGACUGAGACUUGGAUUUUAUUUGGUUAGGUUAUUUUUAAUAAAUAUAAUUUAUUCCAGAAAUGCGUAAAGUUGUCUUACUAGUCAUUCUUACUCAUGCCGCGACAACCAAAGCGCAAGAAACGAUCGUGACAAAAGAAGAAGCAACUACAGAAAGUCUGAAAGAUAAUACUUCAAAACAAGCAUCCAGAUCAGCAUCAAAACUAUUUCAAAUACUACAAAUACUAAAUCAACUAGAAAAAGUUUUAGAAACAAUUGGCAAACGUUUGGCAAUGGAACUAGACACCACGACUGCAGGAAGUACAGGCUCUCCAAAAAUGGAAGUGACAAAAGAAGAAACAACCAAAGAAAGUCCGAAAGAAAUGGAAGUGACAAAAGAAGAAACAACCAAAGAAAGUCCGAAAGAAAAUACUUCAAAGAAACCAUCUGAUCCAACAUCGGAACUACUUCAACUACUUCUAAAUCAACUAGAAAAAGCUUUAGAAACACCAUCUAAUCCGACAAUGGAACUAGACACCACGACUGCAGGAAGUAUAGGCUCUCCAAAAAUGAAAGCAACAAAAGAAGAAAUAACCAAUGAAAGUCCGAAAGAAAACAGUCCAAAGAAACCAUCUGAUCCAACAUCGAAACUAAUUCAAUUACUACUAAAUCAACUAGAAAAAUCCUUAGAAACACCAUCUAAUCCGGCAAUGGAACUAGACACCACGACUGCAGGAAGUACAGGCUCUCCAAAAAUGGAAGUGACAAAAGAAGAAACAACCAAAGAAAGUCCGAAAGAAAAUACUUCAAAGGAACCAUCUGAUCCAACAUCGAAACUACUUCAACUACUAAUAAAUCAACUAGAAAAAGCUUUAGAAACACCAUCUAAUCCGGCAAUAGAAAUAGAAAUCACGACAGCAGGAAGUGCACGCUUUUCAAAAAUGGAAGUGACAAAAGAAGAAACAACCAAAGAAAGUCCGAAAGAAAAUACUUCAAAGAAACCAUCUGAUUCAACAUCGAAACUAAUUCAAUUACUACUAAUUCAACUAGAAAAAUCCUUAGAAACACCAUCUAAUCCGGCAAUGGAACUAGACACCACGACUGUAGGAAGUACAGGCUCUCCAAAAAUGGAAGUGAUAAAUAAAGAAACUGAAAUAUAGGAGCCUUGAAAUAAAACAAGUAGUCACGGAGUAACGGUAUAUUCGGAAUGACACAUCGCAUGACAGCAGAUUAUUUCUACCCGCUUAUAUAAACAUCUAAAAUAUAGAUAUACCUACACUACACCUCCACCCUUAUUACAAACACUAGAACUAACAUUUUAGGACGAAUUAGUAAAGUUACAACUGUUCCAAAGCUGCCCAUUAUACAAAACUAUAAGCUUAGUUGGGCGUACCUAAAGGAUACAUUUUUUUAUUGUGUUGAAUAACACUUAUUCCAUAACUAACAACUAAUAAUACUUAUGGCUAAUACAUGUUAUUAUUGACUAAUACAUUUAUAUUAAUUACGUAUUACACCUUAUAAUGCGGCGGAUUAUCCACACGACAUUGACGUACCGGACGGGGUCGGAGCGGUAAGGCGGUUGGCGGGUUCGAGUCUGGUAUGACUUUUCCCGCAAUAAAAUCGGACUCUUUAUCUUCGAGCCCUAGUGGCUUUGCACUUUCUAGAUUAGGGCUUAAGAUACUCGCCUCCGGUGCACUAUCAGCCAUCAAAGACCUUGCGACCUCCGGACUGGAGUCCCUCACAGGCUGAACCUUUCCUUCCAAAGAUGGGCGACUCCCCUGCCGUGGUGGGCUGUCAGGGCCAACCAACGAGCUCCUAGUCCUGCGUCUAAGCUGAUCACUAUGCCUAUGUGC